ACAGCCUUCUGUAGCUUGUAAAAUAACCGCAAUAGAAGAAGAAGAAAAAAACAGAAAGAAUACUGUAACAGUUUGGCAUUGGAGCAGCUUUGUUGAUGGAGGAGGUCUGCUACUGAAAAUGUAAUAAUGGGCUAAUCCCCUCGCAUGCGUAAUGAGAGCCGGUGCCAAAAGCAGGGCUCAAAACCAACCCGCCAUCUGUCUGAGAGACACACUUCUGACGAGAACACGGCCACACUCAUCACUUUUUACGCACAGUACGCACAACCGUGGAUUUACACCAGAGUCAGAGCAGCUCUGCGCGACAUGAUGAUGCUUUAGUGUGAAACACAGAGCAGGGAGAAAUCUAGAUUUUUGUUUUAGAUUAAAAGACAGUUUCUCGGGCUUGCAAAGUUGGUUGAUGUCUCGUUUUAGCCGCGCGUAAAACCUCUCUUGGUUCGCUGAAAGUCUGGUUUCUCUUGGAUUUUUCUUUUAGCUCAAACCACAAGAUGAAUAACUUCACAUCAUCUCCACAUCUGAACCAAACUUUAGGCAUGUGGACGGACUACAGCAUUCAGUACAAAGUGAUCAGUAGUUUGCUACUUUUCGUGAUUUGCGCUUUAGGAAUCGUUGGGAACGUCAUGGUGGUCCUGGUGGUGCUCACCACCAAACACAUGAGGACUCCAACGAACUGCUACCUGGUGAGUUUAGCUGUGGCGGACCUGAUGGUGCUCACAGCGGCUGGUCUACCCACCAUCACGGACAGCAUCUUUGGCUCCUGGGUGUUUGGACACUAUGGGUGCCUCUGCAUCACCUACUUCCAGUAUCUCGGGAUCAACGCGUCCUCGUGCUCCAUAACCGCCUUCACCAUAGAGAGAUACAUCGCCAUCUGUCACCCUAUUAAAGCGCAGUUUCUGUGCACUCUGUCCAGAGCCAAAAAGAUCAUUCUGUUCGUCUGGGCGUUCACUUCUCUGUACUGCGUGAUGUGGUUCUACCUGUCUGACAUCCAGGAGCUCGUGUACGACAACAUCACCAUCAUCACGUGCGGCUACAGAGUCUCCAGGAAGUAUUAUUUGCCCAUUUACUUCUUCGAUUUCGGCGUCUUCUUCGUGGUGCCGCUGCUGCUCUCCGCGGUGCUGUACGGACUCAUCGCCAGGAUCCUCUUCCUCAACCCGCUGCCCUCAGACCCCAAAGACAAGAAGAAGAACGGACACAACAACCACACCGCCACCAAGAAGAGCAGCUGCAAGAACUCCAGACACUCCAGCUCCACCGCCACCUCCCGCAGACAGGUGACAAAGAUGCUGGCGGUGGUGGUGAUCCUGUUCGCCACGCUCUGGAUGCCGUACCGCACUCUGGUGGUUGUCAACUCCUUCCUGGACCAGGCCUACCUGAACAGCUGGUUCCUUCUCUUCUGCCGGAUGUGCAUCUACCUCAACAGCGCCAUCAACCCAGUCAUCUACAACGCCAUGUCGCAGAAGUUUCGCGCCGCCUUCCGCAAGAUCUGCCGCUGUGGGAGGAAAGGUGCGGAUAAACCCACCGCGUACAGCGUGGCGCUCACGUACAGCGCGGUCAAAGACACAUCGAUGGUGGAGAGCACCGACCACUUCACGACGGAGCUGGAGGAGCUCACGGUUACAGACGAUCUGCUGUCUGAGCAGAAGAUGAUGUUCCAGGAUCAAAGUGUGUACGCAAAGGUGGAUUUCAGCGAAACCUGAGGUUUGUUUGAGGCUGAAGAGAUGAGUUUGAAAGUCAACAGAUUUACGAGCCUGAUGUUGCUUAAUGGAGUUUAGAGAGAAUAUUGUGUCCUGAGUGCCUGCUGACCUUUUUAUAGCCAGGUGUCUUAAGCUAAAAAUUUAACAUAUCACAACAGCUGGUGUGUCAUAUUGGCACUUAGCUCUUUGUGGAGAUGGAUCCUGGAGAUCGUAAAGUGAAAAUAUAUUGACAGAAAAGCUCUCUUAGUGUGUCUUAUCUCGAACCUUUCCGUGUAAUAUAAUGUGAAUGAGUCACUAAAACAUGAAUGUGAAAAAAACCAUUCCUACUUCAGAUAGUCGGCUUGUGCAACCAACCAGAACAAACUCGUUUUUGGAUCUUUAAACAUGCAGUGCAAAACGUCUGCCUCCCCCUAGAGUCAGAGAGAGUAAUUACAUGAACCUGGUAGACUUCAGCAUAUGAAGACUACCAUGCCUUAGACUGAAUAUAAGAAGUGGACACAGGUGUUCUGUUUCAAAACUGAAGCGAAUGUGGAAGUGUCUUAAAUAUGCCUUCUUUAUAAUGGCCAGCAGGGGGCGAUUCAACGUGUUAAAAGAAAUCAGUUUGUGUAGAAAAUCACCCUACACCUCACUUAAUUUAUUACCUCAAUAAAAUCUUCAUAAUGAGUUUAUAGACUCAGUUUAAAUCUUCCUUAACACAGCAUAAUGUUUGUGUUGUAAACUUUAUUCCCAUUUGAUGGAAAGUAGAAAAAAGAGGGUUCGCUUUAGGGUGUGUGAGUACCAAGUAGCUGGUUGACAUGGCAACCGGUCAACCAGGGUAGAUUAAAGAGAUGUGUAGACUUUUUAAAGCAUGGACGUAGUCUCAGUGUCGUCACCAAAUGGUUUCUAAAACCGACUUUUCGAGCACAUCAAUGGCGGUCGCCAUAUUGGAAAUGCUGUCUCAAUUCAUCCACUGCACAGUGUGUGCAGAUGGUCUAAAUGGGCUCUUGAGACCAAAUUCGUUUUUUUUGGACCAGGCUGUAAAGAUGUUUAUUUCUGCAGUAAAAAAAUAGCAUUUUAGAAUUGGUGUGUAUGUGAGGGGAGGGGCUUUUGUAGCCAGACUCAAGUGGACACUAAAGGAACAUUGGGUUUUUGCACUCCUUCGUUUGCUUCAUCACCGGAGGUUGCCGCUUGGUAUCCACUCACAUAUCAUCCAAAUAUAGUAAAUGCUGGCUCCUUAAAAAACAAAAUGGGGACAGCACAAAUGUCAUGAUCAAGGCUUCAAAAUGGUCGUUAUUCAAUGUUCUAUAUAUAGUCCAUGCGCUCAGGUCAAAGUCCAAAUCCCCUCCAUUGAGAAAAUGUUUCUUAUUAAUUCUCUUCUUAGCCAUUAUGUCAUAACAUCCACGGUAGACUUAACAUAAGGUAUCUGAGUGUGAAACGACGGUAUAUGCUCCUGUACAAGACACAAGUUUGUAUAUCAACCCAGUUUAAGAAAAAACAAUGGUUUUGAUUGCAAUCUCGUGGAAAAUAACUACACUACCCACAAUCCUAGAGUGUCACAGCGACGUCUCCGAUUGGUGGAGACCAAUGAAACCGUGGAUGUACGUUCAGAAAGAAGCGCCCUAAAAUAUUGUUUGUUGGGUCUAGUUGGAAUCACAAUGGAUUGUGGGAUUCGUAGUUCCAUUACACCCAGAAAAAUAUGAACACAGUCUUGUACUUUUAUCAAUUUUCUCUGUUUUCCAAUCGUUAUUUUGCACAAAAUCAAAUGUUUUAUAGUUACAAGUAUUCAGGUAGUUGGUUAGCCUGGUUCCAGGAUUAAAAACAGUGUUUCAGGAUUUUCUGAAAUGCAAAUGGAGGAUUUGAAUUGGCAAAUUUACUUCUGGAACCAGAGCCGACAAACGUAGUGGGCGGAGUCACUGUUGAGCUCUAUAAGUCUGGGCUCUGUGGGCAGAGCUUCUCAAAGAAAUCAGAAGAAACAAACCUCACAUCUAUGAUUUAAUAAGUCAGAGCAUCCUGUCCUGUCAUUGAUGAUUGUUUCAAUAUUGUCAUAUCUUUAGUAAAAAGUGUAAAUAAAAAAGAAUUUAACACAUCCUUUACUUCUUAACCUUUAAUAAAACAUGCCUUAUUUUCCUCCUUCAAUCGUAAAUUAUUUUUCCUAUAUUCUGUUCGAGCAGCAGAGAUUGUAAACCUCAGUGUUCGACAGUGUGAAAGACUGUAUAUAGUGUUACAGACAUUUAGUGUAACAUAUAAAUAUGUUGAUAUAAAUCAGCUGCAGCACUUGAAGUCCAGUUAAAUCAAAAUGAAGUGUCACGUCUUUUUGCUUGUCUUGGUUUUUAGUGGUGAAAGCUUCAGUGAGCUGGUGAAAAAAGGUCGAAUGGCUGUGUGACGUUCACAAACGCUGAUGUUUGUGCUGUUUUCUGCCAGAUCAGUGACUGUUCAUGAAUGUCUUAUCACCGUAAAUCUACAUGGAGGGAUGUUGAUUGGGCAGCAGCAGACAAAGGAAUAUUUCAGAAAUGUGCAUGAAAAAAAAAACAUCUGUGGUUGAAUAAGUGUAACAACGCUGCACAUGACUUGAGUAUUAGAACAUUCAUGCACUUGUAUAUGUUUGUUUUAUAUUUAAAGUGAUCGCUAUUGUAACUUUUGGUUUGUUUGAGCUAUUUAUAUAUUUUCAAUGCCACUUUUGUUUGCCAAUCAAAAGUUGGAAAAUCUUAUUUUGUGAUGGAUAUUUUUGGAAGCUUCUGUCCGAGUCUUGCUUUUUUUUUUUUUUAAAUAAUGUGAUCUCGUGAGUAUGUUGUUUGGUUAUCGAAA